AUGGGAUCUGGAGCUGGAAAUUUCGUCAAGGUUCUUCUCAGAAACUUCGAUGUUCUUGCUGGGCCUGUUGUUAGUCUUGUUUAUCCACUAUAUGCAUCAGUAAGAGCAAUUGAGACUCAGUCUCACGCUGAUGACAAACAAUGGCUCACAUAUUGGGUUCUUUAUUCCUUGCUUACACUAUUCGAGCUCACAUUCGCCAAACUAAUCGAGUGGUUACCGAUAUGGUCGUACACGAAGCUGAUCUUAACUUGCUGGCUUGUGAUUCCGUACUUUAGCGGCGCUGCUUAUGUCUAUGAACAUUUUGUUAGACCUGUGUUUGUUAAUCCACAAAGCAUUAAUAUUUGGUAUGUGCCAAAGAAGAUGGAUAUCUUUAGAAAGCAAGACGAUGUUUUAACAGCCGCGGAGAAAUACAUUGCAGAGAAUGGUCCUGAUGCUUUCGAGAAGAUCUUAAGCCGGGCCGAUAAAUCAAGAAGAUAUAAACAACAUGAGACCAUGUAUGGUGAGGAUUAUCAGUACUAA